CGAGCGGUGUAUUCCAGUGUGACCGGUGGAUCCCUACAGUCGUUUAGUGCGGUGCCUCGCUUUGUGUUCCUGUUAGAAUUUUUUGAACGCUUUAAAACACAUCUCCUUCUUCAACAAUGGCAGCCUGGGUUGGAAAGAAGUACAAGAUGGAGAAGUCCGAAGGAUUCGAUGAUUACAUGAAGGCUCUCGGUGUCGGCAUGGUGCUCCGCAAGCUCGGCAACAGCAUCUCGCCAACGGUCGAACUGGUCAAGGAGGGCGAUGAGUACACCUUCAACACCACCUCGACCUUCAAGAACACCACCAUCAAGUUCAAGCUCGGCGAGGAGUUCGAGGAGGAAACCGUCGAUGGCCGCAAGGUCAAGUCGGUGUGCACCCUGGAGGGCGACAACAAGCUCGUGCACGAACAGAAGGGCGAGAAGCCAACCACCAUCAUCCGUGAGUUCACCGCUACCGACCUGACUGCCACCAUGACCGCUGGAAAUGCCAAGUGCGUCCGAUACUACAAGGCCGUAUAAGGUGGUGGUGCUACGCCCCCCGACACCGACGCUUAUCAGAUCGCCCAUCCGGCGCGCCCGUUUGCCUUCUACCCCAAACAUCACAAGAAAACCAACAUCGGACCCCCACCCUAGUCACGGGCAACCGAACUGUCCGCACCCAGACAAAAAAAACCGUGUAACUCUCGUAAUAUCGUAAUCGAUUAGCUCGAUUAGGAAAAUACGACAUCCCUACCGUAGACAGCUUCGCGUUGCCUUUUGCUUGACUGUACAACAUCAGACCAUCAGACCAGACUGACGGGGGCUGCGGAAGAAUGUCACCCGACAGACGACGCAACACACAAAUCAAACGGACGCACGUUUUUUUCUUCAUUAUUCCAUUCCUAGUACGUGAAGUGAACAAAUAUAUCUAACUUUGUUUUUUUUUUGGCUGUUUGUUUAAACUUUUUUUUUUCUACUGAAGAACCAUUGUUGAACCGAAGCGGAAUAUCUAUUUUCGGAUAUUAUUUUUAGCGUUUAGUAGUGCAUGGAGCAUUUUGUAUGAACGAUGAAUAAAGAACAGGAAAGUACAUAUUUUGCAAGUGUAUAAAGGAAA